AUGGCGGAGGUGAUCAUGUCAUGUUGUGUCAGCGAUCACGAAAAAUCUCAGCGAGCCCAUAGUCGGCAAAUUGACAAAAAGUUAUACAAAGACAAACUGACAUUUAGUCGGACGGUUAGAUUGUUACUGUUAGGAGCUGGGGAAAGCGGUAAGAGCACUUUUUUGAAACAAAUGAGGAUUAUCCAUGGCCAGGAAUUCGACGAUGAACAGUUGAGAGAGUUUAGAGCGUGUAUUUAUAGCAAUAUCGUGAAAGGCAUGCGAGUGUUGAUAGACGCCAGGAAUAAACUCGGCAUUCCACUCACUGAUGAAUCACUUGCUAAAUAUGAAAUAUUUGUGUUCAGUUUUGAUGGAAAUCAAAAAUUGGAUGAACAACAGUUUUCACUUUAUAUUGAGCCAAUGAGAAAACUGUGGAAGGAUGGUGGAAUUCGAAGUGCUUUUGAUCGCAGAAGAGAGUUUCAGUUGGGAGAUUCUUUGAAGUACUUCCUUGACAACCUGGACAGGAUUGGUCAUAAGAACUACAUUCCACUGAAACUCGACAUCCUUCAUGCCCGCAGAGCAACCAAAGGCAUUAAUGAGCACCAGAUCUACAUCAAAGGCAUCCCUUUUCUCUUCAUCGAUGUUGGAGGUCAGAGGUCACAGCGCCAAAAGUGGUUUCAGUGCUUCGAAGGAAUCACGUCCAUCUUGUUUUUGGCAUCAUCGAGUGAAUUCGACCAGGUGCUCAUGGAAGACCGCAAGACCAACAGACUUUGUGAAUCAUGCAAUAUAUUUGAGACCAUCAUUAACAAUAAAUCCUUCAGUAAUGUGUCCAUCAUCCUCUUCCUGAACAAAAUGGACUUGUUGGAAGAGAAGGUCAAACGUGUGAGCAUAAAGGAUUACAUGCCAGACUUCACUGGCGACCCUCACAAGAUAGAGGAUGUAAAAGCGUUUUUGUUACAAUGUUUUGACUCCCGCCGCAGGGAACGCACGAAACCACUCUUCCACCAUUUUACAACAGCCAUUGACACUGAAAACAUCAAACUUGUCUUUCAGGAUGUUAAGGACACGAUACUCCAUGAAAAUCUACGAUCAUUGAUGCUUCAGUGAUGGGGACCUAUCAUCAUGUCAGUGUUGUGUGGACUCAGUUGGUUUUUAAGUGGCAUGAAAGACAUUUGGAAUGUAUUACAGUUUUAUUUGGUUUGAGAAUCAGUGUACUUUCUCUUCGAGAUUUACAGCAAGACGUUUUUGUUUUAAUACUACAGAACUCUCAACCACUUGCGGGUUGGAUGAACGUAUGCUAAACAGUGCAGCAUAUUUUAAUGCCAUAAAAUCUGUUUUUAGAGUGAUGUGAUGUAAUUACUACUUAAGAACUUUUAACUCGGCAUUGAAACCAUCCCAAAAUUGUUAUAUUUCACCUCGGUAGUCAUUUAGUUUAGAAAAGACAGCAUUACAUAGUGACUCAGUGUCAGAUCAUUAACAUGCUACAACAGAAGGAUAUCAUUUGUAAAUACAGGACACAAGCAGCAGGUUUAGUUGAAGAAUGGUGGUUGUAUCUUAGAAAAAAACCUUACAGUGUUGCUUGUAUAAUGCAGACAACAAAGUAUCAUCAUACGAGUGCAAAGAAACGUAUUAACGAUAUAUACAGACUUGUAAGAACUGAUUAUUUUAUUGGACAAAAGAUCAUUCUUAAGACUGAUUAUUCUUUGUAAAGUAUAGUUAUUUACAAAUUAUUAUUUCCCCUCUUCAGCUGCUGGACAGUGUUUUAUAAUACUUUUAUUAUUCUUAGCUAGUGACUUUACUUCACUACAUACUGUUUCCUCUAACAAUAACGGCCAGUAACAUUAUAAGCAGCAUCCUUGUGAUGUGAAUACCACAGAACUCAUUAAAAAAAUUUUUUUUUUAAUUUGCAAACGUCAAAAAGUUUGCUUUUCUUCCUAACAGUGAUAGAGGAAUUAGUGUUUUAGUUUUACAUUCAUUUGUAAAUUACCAAAAUGAAUGCGGUGAAAUUUAUUUACAUUUUUUUACUUCAAAGUUUUGCAUAAAAUAUUUCUCAGUUUUAUGUUAUAUAUUUGGAAUUAUUAUUAUUAAUAAAAGUCUUCUUUUUUU